GUGUGGUAGUUUGAUCCGAAGCUCCAACGAGUGUUUCUUUAAGUGCGUGUGGGGAGUUUUCCUGCACCGGGUGAUAGGAGGGGUUGGAGAGUGACGCUGGCUGCGCCUUGGUGCUGAGCGGAGCGCUCACCUGCAGAUGAGAGAGCCGGGGAAACUCGGGGCAGAGCUGCAGCACACUCACGGAGCGCGCGGAGGGACGUAUCAAACAGUCUGACCAAGAAGGGGGGGAAUUACACAAUUAUUGGAGAAGAAUUAGGAGUCGACCCUCUUUCUGGUUCCUCGUCCAGGCAGCCCUGACGCGCUUGCUCGCCACGAUGAGAACUGACUUCGCUCUGGUCCUGACAGCAGUCCUUCUUUCUGCCACAUUCAGGAGGAAUAAUGGGGAGCAUGCUUCCAAAGGUCCCUGCCGACCAGGCUUCUCACAAAGCUUCUACUCUGUGCUGAUUUCAAGGGAUGUACUGCAAGGCCAAGGCAUACUUAAAGAUACCACACUAUCAUCACAAAAAGUGAAGUUUGAUGAUUGCAUGGGCAACAAAGCGGUGGUUUUCCAGAGCAGUAACCCCAUCUUCAGCGUGCAGACAGAUGGGUCCAUCUUUGCCCAGGGAGAGGGAGCCAGCCUAGAUGAACCAGUCCAGUUUAAACUGACAACAAGUGGUCCACACACACAUGUCUGGGAGACUGUGGUCCAAUUGUCACUGACUGACCUACCAUCACCUCAACAAAAUGAAAAUGAGGUCACAACGGAAGAGGGGAAAGUCGUCGAGAGAAAAGAGAGGACGGACGUGUUCCAAGCACCACCUCCUCUCAUCAUGUUCUCAGGGUCUGGCCUGAACAGCUCCAAGGGUCUACGGAGGCAGAAGAGGGACUGGGUGAUCCCACCAAUCAACGUGGCAGAGAAUUCUCGAGGACCGUUCCCUCAGAUGCUCGUCAGCAUUCGUUCAGACCAGGACCAGGACAUCUCGAUCCGAUAUAGCAUCACAGGGGUGGGAGCAGAUCAACCACCCAAUGAGGUCUUCAACAUUGACCCCGUGCUCGGGAAGAUGUUCGUCACCAAACCUCUCGAUCGAGAACAUCGCUCUUCUUACCAUUUACGUGCCCAUGCUGUGGACAUGAAUGGGAACCAGGUCGAGAACCCCAUCGAUCUGUACAUCUUCGUCAUUGACAUGAAUGACAACAGACCCGAGUUCAAAAACCAGGUCUACAAUGGCUCUGUGGAUGAAGGCUCUAAACCAGGAACAUAUGUGAUGCACCUGUCGGCGUUUGAUGCCGACGACAACAUCACCGCUAAUGGAAUGGUGCGCUAUCGAAUCCUUUCCCAGACGCCGCACAGCCCCAUCCCUAACAUGUUCACAAUCAACAGUGAGACUGGAGAUAUUGUGACGGUGGCACCCGGUCUUGAUCGAGAGAAAGUGUCCCAGUAUACCAUCAUCGUGCAGGCCACGGACAUGGAGGGCAACCUGAACUUUGGCCUUUCCAACACAGCCACCGCCAUCAUCACUGUCACAGACAUCAACGACAACCCUCCCAUGCUGACCUCCAGAACUUUUUCCGGUGAGGUCCCAGAAAAUCGAGUGGAUGUUGUGGUGACUAAUCUGACGGUGAUAGAUGCUGACCAGCCACACUCACCUAACUGGAACGCCAUCUACAGGAUCAUCAGCGGAGACCCAUCGGGGCACUUCACCAUCCGCACUGACCCCGUCACUAAUGAUGGCAUGGUCACGGUGGUUAAGCCAGUAGACUUUGAGAUGAACCGUGCCUUCAUGCUGACGGUGGUGGUGUCCAACCAGGCCCACCUAGCUAGCGGCAUCCAGUCGUCACUCCAGUCCACAGCAGGGGUCACCAUAUCUGUCCAGGACGUCAACGAACCCCCUUACUUCCCCACCAACCCAAAACACAUCCGCUUUGAGGAGGGUGUCCCUGCUGGCACCAGCCUGACGACCUUCUCGGCCUCAGAUCCCGACCGACUACAGAUGCAGCAGAUAAUCAGGUAUUCAAAGCUGAAUGACCCCGCGGACUGGUUGUCCAUCAACAGAACCAAUGGUCAGAUAAUAACCACAGCAAUGCUCGACCGGGAGUCCGUCUAUGUCAAAAACAAUAUAUAUGAAGCCACAUUCCUGGCAACAGACAAUGGCUCUCCUGCAGCCAGCGGCACAGGCACACUGCAGAUCUAUCUGAUAGAUAUUAAUGACAACCCCCCAGCGCUCAUACCCAGGGAGUCUCAGAUCUGUGAGAGGAUGAACAAGAAUGUCAACGGUGUCAACAUCACUGCUGCUGAUGCCGACACGGACCCCAACGCUGGACCCUUUGUCUUCGAGCUGCCCAACUUCCCCAUCAGCAUCAGACGCAACUGGACGAUUUCUAGGAUCAGCGGCGACUACGCCCGUCUGGGUCUGCGGUACCAGAUAUAUUUAGAGCCGGGAGUGUAUGAGGUCCCUGUAAUUGUGUCAGACUCAGGGAACCCUCCAUUGUCCAAUAGGUCACUCAUCAAAGUGAAGGUGUGUCCCUGCGAUGAAAACGGAGACUGCACCACUCUCGGGGCCGUGGCAGCCGCCGGCCUCGGAACUGGAGCCAUCAUGUCCAUCCUGAUCUGCAUCAUCAUACUGCUCAGCAUGGUGCUCUUGUUUGUGGUGUGGAUCAAGCGCAGAGAGAAGGAGAGGCAGACAAAGCAGCUGCUAAUUGACCCUGAAGACGAUGUCAGAGACAACAUCCUCAAAUACGAUGAAGAGGGAGGAGGAGAAGAGGACCAGGACUAUGACCUGAGCCAGCUGCAGCAGCCCGACUCCUUGGAGCAUAUCAUCAGCAAGCCGCCUGGUGUCCGCCGGGUGGAUGAGCGUCCCAUCAUCCCUGAAUCCCAGUAUCCAAUUAGACCUGUCGUGCCCCAUCCUGGAGACAUCGGGGACUUCAUCCACGAGGGUCUGCGAGCAGCAGACAACGACCCCACUGCUCCUCCUUAUGACUCCCUGCUGGUGUUUGACUAUGAGGGCAGCGGCUCCACCGCUGGCUCUGUCAGCUCGCUUAACUCCUCCAGCACGGGGGACCAGGACUAUGACUACCUCAACGACUGGGGCCCACGCUUCAAGAAGCUGGCUGACAUGUACGGAGGAGGGGAUGAUGAUUAAAUCUGCCCAGUCACACAUGCACACACACACACGCACACACACGCACACACACAUACCCUCGUCCCGUCAGCUGGCCUGCCAUGCUCUGUCCCUAUAACAUAUGGGGCUAUUACACCCUUAUUGAACACACGACUUGUUCACACUGACCAACUGACUGACCAACCAACCAAUCAAAUUACCCACCACAGAGGACCAGUCCCGUGAGUCAGUUUCGGGUGCUCUUCUCAACCUUCACCUGCUCUAAGCUCGUCUUAGACUGAAACGGAAGCUCUGAAUUGCAGGCUUCUCAUAGUUUGUAUUUUCAAACUCUUGUGCUUUUGUUUCAGUUUAGGUUUUAUGCUAGAUGUAGGUUUUAGUAACUUUUGUCUGACUUUGUUUUUCCUUUAGAUUUUGCAGCUUUUUUUUUUUUUUUUUUUGUCCUCACUCCCCUUAGAUUUGAGUCGAUUCCUAAGGGUUUUCACUUUUCCCUCGCUGUCAGCCCCUGCCUGCCUCUCUGCAGAAGCUUUAGGUUGAGCUUCUUGCUUUGUCUGAGGGGAACAAAAGGAAUAAAAUGAAGAACACAGAUAUGAAAGUCCUUCUUUCUUGAACUUGAAUUACUUAGAACAGAAGCACUGUUGUUUAAAAAGUGCCUUCAGUGGUGCGUAUUUUAGCAGACUCCCGCUAACUCAGGAUUGGUUGCCAUUUUCUGGGCUUAUGUGCCCUCAUAUGACCCUUGACCCUUUAACUCAGACCUUCCCUUGUCAUUUCUGUGGUCCUGCAGGGCUGUGGUAGCUGCGGGAGAUGUCAGUGCUGGUUUAAGAGGAGCAUUGACUGGCUUACGAGGGCGCUUUAUGUAGACGUACUGUACAUAGGCCUACAGUGUGUCUGUAAGUUAUGGACAAAUCAUUAACUUUUCAAGUCAGGCAUAUCUGUGCUCUUAGAUCACAGCCAACUUGAAUGUGGUUACUGAAAUCACAAAAAUACAUUAUGGGACUGUCUUAGAGAAGAAAUGCAUUGCGUGUCUUUGUUUAUUGUGGCUUCAAUAGCAGCUGUGUUUGUUUUGAGCUCUGAGUAUUUGCACCUAAAUUCUGAAGAUUGACAAGUCAAGUGUGUUACCUCCAUAAUGUUACUGUAUAUGAAGAACAUAUGAGGGUUAUUUAAGGAGACUUUGGUUUGCAUGUUUAUCCCUACACCCAAAGGUUAUUAACAUGGCACCAGUUAUUUGUGGUAAAUGUGUCAAAGAAAACUAUGUAAACUGUACAAACAUGAGGGAAAAGAAAAUACUAGAUAACUUUAAAUAGCUCUGAUAGCGUUACAUGCAGAGUUGUGAGCUUGUCUGAGCCACAUUCCGAGUCCCGCUCUUUUUUUUCUUCUUUUUUUUUUUUCUUUUUUUUUGUUUUUUUUUUGUGUUGUUGAUUCACUGUUGUUUCUCGACAAACUUUUAAUAUACAAACUUUGGUGCUGGUCCCUGUCACAGAAACUGGGGGAAUUGAGCCUCAGCCAGGGAUUUAGCGCCUUCACAAUCUGUCUCUCUUCAGGCAGCAUUUCAUUCAUCUCAAAUUUUCUCCUGAAAUUUUUGGCUGCAAGUUCAAGAGGUUUUGAGAAGAAGUUAGAGGAAGGGAAAGUCUCUUAAGAAGUUCUGCACUUUAUCAAAGCAGACUUGCAAAACUAAAGCUUCAGUAAUAGUGCUUUAAAAGACAGACACUUUGAAAGACAGUUGUGUUGUGACUUAAUGAAAAGGCAGCACUACCCAUGGGCUUUUGUAAUUAUAUUUCAGCCCCCCAGAAUUGCAUAUACAUAGAGAACUGGGGGGGGGGGCUUUAUUCUUUGUAUUAAAUUAUUUAAAUAUGCAAAACAUUUCACAGAAAGACCGGGGAGAUGCUGGUGUAUGAUAGAAAGGUUUAAUCAUUCCUUAUCUUCCUAGUACCCAUUGAAAUGCUCCUUGGUGGUAGCCAGUUUCAACUUGAUGUGGACUGACCAGAUCUUUUAUUAAUUAUGAAUAUGAUAAAUGCGUUGAGGAAAUCUUGGUAAUGACAGUGUUAUUCAGAUGAUGUGAUGGCAAGGAUUCUCCUCUCAUAUUCUUUUGUAUCCUGCUGCUUUUCAACUGUUUCCCACCUGCUAACGGUUCAUUUAAAGAAUCGCUAGUGUUCCAAAUGGUCAUAAAAAUGGUCAAAUGAGCCCACUGCGGGGAAUGAGUAUAAUUUGAGAGUGGAUAGAAAAGAAUUGAGAGAUAAAUGGAAAACAUUACCUGUUAAUGCACAUAUUCAUCAUGCCAUUAAAAAGAAAUAAGGAUGAGAGUGUGAUUUGACUAUAAACAAGGGACGGAAGGUCAAAUUAUGAUUAAUAAGGUCAACAGGGUAGGAAUCUCUUGAUUUAGAUUCAUAGAUGAAUGGGUUUAAAUUGCACCUUGCAUUACAGAAACUGACAACAGCGAUUUUUCAGGACAGCUGUCAGCUGAGACAGUAGACAUGAGAAAAGCAGUGGUUUCCACAGCCUGCUGUUGGAUAAGCUCUUAUCUAUCCAAUUGCUCGUCAGCAUACAGAAUAUCUUCGCAAAAUAAACACAGCUGUUACUUUCUGCUAUUUGUGAUUAUUUCUGACUUAUAAAUGUUGUAUAUACAGAUCAUUUUCUAUACAUUUGGUGAAAUGAUUUAUCUGUUUCUGUGUGGUCUUUUCCAUUUUCUUGCACUCUAGUUUUGUUUCAAAUGAAAACUUGGCAAGGUAUAUCUCACCACAGAAAGCCAUGUGCAUUUAAGAGAAUCAAUAUGAUUCUAAAUGGGCUUACAGCCAUACUCGUGUCGCUGUUCAAGUAAAUCAUGGUGAAAAGGUCCCAUUUCAAACCCACCUGUACAGUCUAUACUAGCACACACUCACUCCUCUAGGCCUUACUGUAUAUAUGUGAGUGUUCAAUAUUAUAUAAACCCUUUCAGCAUUGUUCUGAUACAGCCGCAGAGCUCCAACAUUACUGAAGCCCAUCCGUAUCCAUUCACAGGAUAAAAACAUGCUCAUGUUGUCUUAUCAGAUGUUCAGACUGGCUUCAGGUCCAAACAUUGCAGGAGCCCCCACUCUCUCACACACACACACACACACACACACACACACACACACACACACACACACACACACACACACACACACACACACAUACAUACACACACACACACACACACACGACACAUACAUACAUGACACAUACAUGACACAAUGCCAUUAUGAUACUGAAUGUUAUCAAUGACUCGCAAUGACACAUGGCAGCAAAUCAUCAGUGGAGUUGGUCAAAGUUGACCCCCAUUAAAAUGCAAUUUAUGAUGGGAAAUGAAGCAAGAUUGAUCAUUACUUGUUACAUACUUGGUCCACUUGUCUUAUUGAUGUUCCCUUGCUAAAGUGAGGGGAGAAUUGGCAAAUGAGAAUGAAGGAAGAACCAUCACACUGUUGUAGUCCAUCCCUGUCUUCUGGCUGUGUCGGCUCUACUGCCUCUCUGACUGGUGUUAGUUAAUGGACGCUCACUCGGUCUCACUCUGGACACUGCCUGACCAUGGACACACACAUGACGGGAGGCUUCAGCAGAAGCCAGACUUUUGUCUUGCUUUGGCCAGAAACAUACAGACAGGCAGCAGUGUUUCAUUCAAGUCCCCCCGAUACUGCUCAAGUCCAAGUGUACAUAGUGUAGUAUUUGCUUGAAGCUAAACAGACUGAGUUAGGCAAACUGUAACUGUACAAUUGGAGCUUUUUGCAUGUGUCUUUUUAUAAUGGACAGAUGAGUUCUAUUACAGUAAUCAUAUAACAUUUUAAAAUGUGUCGCAGCCCGCAUGACCGAGGUUGCAGUCCAGAAGGGAUUCUGGUGUACCAUACUCACAUAAUUUCAAAUGGAGGAGAAAAAAAAGUUGAAAAAAUAAUUGCACAGUUAUUGAGUCAAAAGACUUCUUUUGUAAAUUGUCAACAGCACAAAUAUUUUGUAUUGUUGUUUGUACCAUUUUGUAAGAAAAUGAAGGGAAAAAAACAAACAAAAAAAUGGAAAGAGUCUGUUGUUUCAAGCGUGUGUUUAUAGUGCCACUGCAAUCUUGGUUUCCAAAUACCGUACAGUACAUGCGCAGCCUUGCAGAUCAACCUUGUAAUAUAGACGCUGAGCUGGAGACUCCCUGUCAGCACCAUGUGUUAUAAAUAAAAUUUCCCCUCCUUAUAAGAA